UGCAGGUCGGGAAGACGGGCGGAGGCCGAGCGGACCCAUGGAGGGAGACGGUGGGGCCGCGCUGGGGCCCUUCGUGAAGCAGUCCAAGAUGGUUAGCAGAUACCAGCCUGAAGUUGAUCCGUCCGGCAAUGCACGUUCCUCAGGGGACUUUUGGGACAGGCUUGUUCAGCAGCCAAGUUCCCCCUGGAUGGAAGAGUACCGUGAGGCACCACCCCUACUGACAUCUGGCUGGGCAGCCCAGCGGCCUGCUGGGGGCGAGGCAGGCCCUUGGCCCUGGCAGAGGGCCUCCACUACGCAGAGCCUGCCAUCCCCCAAGGAGCUGUGUCAGAAGAAGAGGAAGGGCCCAAAGCGAAAAGGGCCGGGAAACGUCCGUGCCUUGUCUGUGUUGUAUCAUCUGGAGGAGGUGAAGAGACGGCAAAGCAACAUUGACGAGCAGAAGGCAGCGCAAGAGAGUCGGGCUCUGCCCCAGCCCUCCCCCCAAGGAAGUGGGGCGGUUGGGGGCCCACCUGCACACCUGCUGAGCCCCGCCAGGACGCCAAAGCCCUACGGAAGGCCCUUCUUCCUUGGCAGAGACACCCAGCUCCUGCACCACCUGAGAGAGCCGCUGAUGUUCCCCGAAGAAAGCCCCAUGGUGUGGUGCGCCAUGGCGGCCCGGCCCCGGUCUCCCCAUGGAGGAACGGGGUGCUGGCCUGGAAGAGGGCUGGGAGGAUCUGAGCUGCAAUCUGAGGAGUGACCGUGGCCAGGCUGACGUUUGGGGCCAGACUUCCCAAACUGGUUCCCUCCAGAGACGGGAGGACACCGUUCUGUGGGCAGGGAGGCGGCUGCCAGUUUGCAUCUGCGCAGACAGAGCAGGAAUAUGCAGAGGCAGGCCCUGAGGCCCCCUGCGUGCCCCUCCUGGGUGAGCCUGUGUGUUUCCUCAGCCAAAGACCCGCUCUGUCUCUCUUCCACCCGUUCCUGGUCCUCCUGUUCCGGGGAUGCCCUGUAUUUUCGUCUUGCCAUUCUGCCAGUGUCCCUGUGUGCCUGGCACCCAACCCAGCAUCUGUCUUUCCCUUUGUGCUGUCAAUAAACCUUCUGCUGUAGGCCGGGGAAAGAAAGCGAAUACCACGGGAAGCUUAGGAGGUUUCCAUAGCAAUCUGGGCUCUGGCGGAGGCCGGCCUCUCUCUAGUUUGGCAUUUCUCUUCCACCUGAGCGUAGUGUAGGUGUAUGUUCCAUGGAGAGGGAGAGAACAGCCCACGGCAGCUUUCGCAGCUUUGAAAUGGUUUUAAUUAUCUGCAGCGCUUGGUGAAGACAGGGCUGCGCUUCUGGGACCCUAAAACUUCCUUUGCUUCUGCAAGAAGUUGGCUCUGAGGAAGAUCUAAUAGCAGCUGUUUCUCCCUUCCCCACAUCCAUCGCCCCCAAGCCGAUUGCGUCCCCCUCUGCCUUUCCCCUCUCGGCCUGGUUCUUAAAGCAAAUUAUAAAACGCUUCCGAGGCAACCAAAUAUUUACUGCAGAUUGAGAGAGACCAGUGCUGUGGGGUGGAAGGACUAAUUUCUCAGAAAGUUAAUAGGGAAGUUCCACUGUUGUGGUUUGGGGAUAAAUUGUUGCCUGUUUAGGGUGGAAUUAAUUCCUAAAGUCUGUGAUAGAGAGUUAGGGUUUCUUGGCCAGGUAAUUAUCGCUGCCGAUGCAGGGAUGUCAGGAAUGUGGAACCGGACCAGCUUCUCCUGGCUGGGGCUGCGUACUGAGGGCCGGGGAGCAGAUUCCGUUCUCCUUACGGAUGCUGGGGGCCUCAGCCAGGCUGACUUUUCCCAAGUGGAUUUUUGGGAGAAAAUGCUUCUUUAGAUUUUUUUUUCACGUUAAUCCUUUCUGAGGCCUAGCGCAUUUAUUUUCCGCUUAAAAUGGUGGGAGGUCAUGCUUCUGUUUUUCAGAAAUUUGCCAUUGGAUCUCAACCGAACAAUUCCAGACAGCUUCUGUUGCCUACCAGAAAGGGGCUUGGGGAGGUGGCUAGCCUUUGCCUCCAUUGUUUUGCAAUGGCAUUUUAAGAUACAAAAAUGUUUUUGACCAGGGAAACCCACCAACUGGUCACUCUCUGAUUUCAAGGUGCUGCUUGCGAGACCAUUAAAUGCGCAGCUUGAGAAAGGCCACUGAUGUUCCUUAAGGAGGAUGUUAGUUUGCAGCCCUGCAGCAGGGGAGGGAAUCCCCCCCCAGCCAAUUUCAGGACUGGUCUUCCAGGCUCAGUGGGGGGGGGGGUUGG